AUGUUAAAACUAAAUCUAUUUUUACUAUUUUUGGUCGGUGUAAAUGCCGGAGAACAAAUAAAUAGCUAUUUAAUUUACAAAAAUGUCGAUAGAUCCAUUGACUUAACCUCACAAUUGGUAAAAAUCACCAGUACCAUUACUUUAGAAAAUGCCGGUAAAGAUCCAAUAAAAAAUUUCCUGGUGGUCGAUGAACCGAAAUCGGACGGAAAAGUGGUCUACCGAGGAGUCAAAGAUUCGGCCAAACAGGAUUUGAACCUCUUACCAGUCCAAGUCGAUGGCAGCGAUAACAAAUUCCACAAAGUAGUAUUGAGACAGAACCUGGAACCAGGUCGUACUGCAACCGUGGUUUUAGAAGAAAUUAUAGCCAAAGGCUUGGCACCGUACCCUAGCAGCAUCAGUCAGAAAGAAAAGCAGUUAGUCAGGUAUUUCGGCAACCAUUACAUAUACACCCCCUACACAGUAGCCAAGCAGAAAACUGACGUCGUUUUAAGCUCUAGAAGCGUCGAAAAUUAUACGAAAUUGAAACCAGUAACACAAUCAGAUAAUACUAUUACUUAUGGGCCUUAUACUGAUAUUAAACCAUAUACAGAAGAUCAGUUGGUAGUGCAUUUUGAGAAUAAUGCCCCUUUUUUGACUGUGACUCGUUUAGAAAGAGUUAUAGAGAUUUCUCAUUGGGGUAAUGUUGCUAUUGAGGAACAAAUCGAAAUCAAACAUACAGGUGCUAAAUUAAAGGGACCUUUUUCUAGAUAUGAUUACCAAAGAGAUACCAGUAGUUCACAUCACAGUAUCAAAUCUUAUACUACAGUUUUACCAGCGACAGCUCAUAGUAUUUACUACAGAGACAGUAAUGGUAAUAUUUCUACUUCAUCAGUUAAACAUAGGAAAGAUUGGAUUGAAUUGGAAUUGAGGCCUAGAUUCCCGCUUUUCGGAGGAUGGCAAAGCUCGUACACGCUUGGAUACAGUGUGCCCAGCUACCAGUACCUUUACCGUACCCCAGAAGGCCAAAAUGUCCUCAGCAUGAGAUUCAUUGACCACGUUUUCGACGAUAUGUUUGUAGAAGAAGCUACCACAUCAAUUGUAUUACCAGUAGGAGUUUCUGAUGUACAACUAAUCGUCCCUUAUCAAGUAGAGAAGCUCCAAGAUGACAUCACAUACAAGUAUCUGGAUAAUAUGGGGCGCAAGGUGUUGAGAAUGCGAAAGAAUGACUUGGUUGAGCAGCACAUUCAAGAUUUGGAGAUUACUUACAGCUGGCAACCACAAUUGUUGUUACAUGAGCCUCUGUUAAUAUCUCUAGCACUGUUUAUUCUAUUUGUAGCUGUAAUUAUUUGGGUUAGAUUAGAUUUUUCACUGGGAGUUCCAGAACAUAGCAAAAAAGAGUAG